CUCAGCUACGUUGCGCAGCUAACUCUCCUCAGAGCAGCCGCGGCGGCGGCAGCCGGUCUCGGCCGGUGACAUCACGAACGCCAUAUUGAAAUAUUUUCCUUUUCCUCUUUUUAUCCUCCUCUGUUUCUGAACCGCGGCCGACGGCACUCUGCCUCCUCCUGGAUCCACAAGCUCACACCUCGCAGACAUGGAGAUCGAUGCUCUCCUCGAGGCUCUGAAAGAUUUUGACAAGAAAGGCAAAAAAGAAGUCUCUCCAGUGUUGGACCAGUUCCUGUGCCAUGUUGCGAAGACCGGGGAAACCAUGGUUUCAUGGUCGCAGUUUAAAAACUACUUUCUGUUCAAGCUGGAGAAGGUAAUGGAGGACUUUCGAGCUUCAGCCCCAGAGCAGAGAGGACCUGCAAACCCCAAUGUAGAGUCAGUUCCAUUCGAGGAGAUGAAGGAGAGGAUACUGAAGAUAGUCAACGGAUACAAUGGUAUUCCUUUUACUAUCCAGCGUUUGUGCGAACUGCUGACAGACCCCAAGAGGAACUACACAGGAACAGAGAAGUUUCUCAGAGGGGUUGAGAAGAACGUGAUGGUGGUCAGUUGUGUUUAUCCCACUUCUGAGAAGAACGGCUGUAGUGGUGUUAACAGAAUGAAUGGAGUCAUGUUGCCAGGCAACACAUCUGUUUUCACCGAAAGGAAGGUGAACGGACCAGGAACCCCCAGACCGCUGACCAGACCUAAGCUCUCCUCAUCUAGUUCACUGGCCACGAACGGCCUGCCAGACAGCACAGAAAACAAAGAAUCAAACAUAGCGGCAGGCCACAACAAGCUUGUUAGCGAUGCCUCUGUUUCGGGCAGUUCUCUAAGUGGUUCCAUAAAGAACAAACAUGCAGAUGAGGACGAAGACAUGGAGGGAGAGCAGCAAGAGGUGAAGAGGCUGAAGUUCACUGAAGAUGGAGGUGAGGAAGAGGAUGAUGUCGUAGACGAGCCGAUCAGCGAGACGCUUCGACCUGCGCCGCCCGAGAGCGCGUCCAGCGUGCAGGAAACUGAUUCGCCGUCGUCCAUGACGGAGGAAAAAGAUGAGGAGCGUGAGGAGGAGGAGAGUGAGGCUGCCACUUCAACAGCAGGCUGUGAAGACCAGGAGCCCUCUAGCACUCAGUCCGACUGCGCGCCCGCAGACGACCAAGAAGGCUGCACCGCCGAGAGGGAAGUGCCUUGUGGCUCCACCUCCCCGGCUGAGGAGCCCAGCGACAUGGACCAGUCUGAGCAGCAAGCACCGGCCUCCAGUCCUGAGCAGCGGGAGGGGGAGGAGCCAAGCGAGCCGGUCAGCAGCAGCAGCAGCAGCAGCAGCGGUGACGAGAGCGGAUUGAGCAGUAACGAGAGCAGCGGCGGCCAGGCCCCCAGCAGCAGUGCUGCAGACUCUCCCACAGAGGGCGACGUCGAGUCGGGGGAGCUGGACUCAGAAAGUACAGAGGAGCCCAUGGAACAGGACUAAGAGCCUCAGAAAUAACUGACUCCGUAGCAUAAACAGCAACCAGCGUGUGCUCAUAUGUGGAGAUUUGAGAAGAACACACUAACGAACGCUGUCGGGAGGGGCUCGUUAACUUGGCGCCGCCAUGACUGACCUUCCACCAUGAGCCUUUCGGUCCAGUGUCACCAACUUCUCCGACUUUCUUUCCUUCCUCUGAAUGGACACAUGAUGCUGGUGUACAUAUGUGAUUUUUAGUUUUGAAUUGAAGGUUUUAAACUGGAAGGUUCUUUUUUGUACCCUUUCGUUUGCCCCUUUCGAUGCAGUUGGUCUUCAAAGGCAUUUCUCCUUCUGUCUGCUUGUCGUUGUAACAUAGCGAAGGGAUGUUUCACUUUGGUGUGCGUCCUCAGGACAAGCUCAGCUUUGUUCGAGUUUUUGUAGUUCAGUUACGUAAACCCCGUCUCCGAGGCAGUGGAGGUUCUCUGUACUUUGCUUAUGCAGUUUCUCCAAAGACCCAUUGCUUACUAGCGUUUGAAGAGAAGCCAUAGUUUUCAGUUCACGUUCGUUUUCGUUCUUUCAUGUAGUUUUGGGUGCGAUGAUGGUUUCAUCCGUCAGAUAUCGCGCAUACAGACCCACGUGGAACGUCUCACUGUGUUGCAACCGACACAUCCUUUCCUUCUAUCCUUUUAUCUAUCCUUCCGUCUUCUUCCCUCGAUUAUCUCUCGCUGUUACAGCAGUGCGAAACCGUAGACUAUACUGAAGGAGAGAGUUUAAUAUAAAAGGUACAUAUACAUAAUGACUUCUUUUGGUUCACAGUAAUUUAUAUGGACAUUUCAAUGAAUCGCUCUAUUUUUGAGAAGUUCUGUUCAUUUUGGCGGUCAGUUUUACCGAUGACUGGUCCGAUUAGCUAAGUGUGCGUGUUCGUGUGCGAGUGAGUGCGAAAGCGCGAGAGGCCCCUGUCUACACCAAGUUGUCUCACCAGUAACAGCUGGCUGCCCUCACUGCAGCUGUACCGUUUUGAUAUUUAGAAUUUUUAAAUUUCUGUAGUUUUGUAGAGCGUUAUGUGUUCACUGCUUUUUUGUGAAUCCAUAUAUUAUUGUAAGAUCUCUGUGUAAAACUGAAUGCGUGUGCUUUCGAUGCAGUAUUCAGGUGAAGCAAUAAAUGUUCUGGUUUUAAACGUG